AUGAAUUUUUCUUCUGUAUAUGAGAAAUCUUGGACAGAUCCAACGAUUCCUAAGGUAAACAUUACAUUUAUUUUAAAAAGUGGUGAAGAGAGAACUUUUAAGACACCUGUUGGAGUACUAUUACUUGAAGCAGCUCAACACUUCAACUUAGAUAUUGAAGGUGCAUGCGAAGCUUCCUUAGCUUGUUGUACUUGCCAUGUAAUAUUGGAUCAAAAGACAUAUGAUUUGAUACCUCCCCCAUGUGAAAGAGAAGAGGACAUGCUUGAUCUAGCACCGCAGCUCUGUGAAACAUCAAGGUUAUCAUGUCAAAUUGUAGUAGAUAAGAAUUUAGAGGGCUGUAAAAUUACUCUUCCACAAAUAACCAGGAAUUUCUAUGUAGAUGGGUUUAAACCAUCACCCCAUUAA